AUGGAGACUAAAAAACAGGACUUUCUAACACUAUUCACGAGACGACCGUGGCGCGUGUUCCGACACAACCGGGGCUCUGUGAUAGAGCCGGUGACUUUAAACCCUGACUCGGAUCUGUCGAAUGGCCGAACCGAGAUAGACACUUCUGCUCCGUUCGAGUCAGUGAGAGAAGCAGCCACUCGUUUCGGCGGUUUUGGUUUCUGGAGACCUUCUCACAAUAAACUCCCAGAAGCUUCUCAGGAAAAAGUUGAAGAAACUGAUAUCAUUGAACUCAAAGCACAAGCUUCUGAGCUACAGAGAGAUCUAAUUGUGAAAGAACGUGAAACGCUAGAGAUGUUGAAGGAGCUUGAGGCGACUAAAGCCACAGUCUUGAAGCUGCAGCAGAGGAAUGAAGUGUAUGAGGAGGAGACGUGAG